AUGGAUGAUGAUUCGGAUUGUUCGAGUCUGAGCUCAGCGCCGCCGUCUCCCAUGACACCACCAGAAUUUUACCCUUCGCCGCCCCCAUCGCAGGAGACGGACGAGGCUAGUAGUAGUGGUACUGGUGGUGGUGCGGCCGCCCGCAGCCAAGACGACUUGCCGCCCGCUCGGAAGAAGCGUCGGGUGGCCGUCCCCAAGGAACGCUGCACUCAGCAUCUCGACCUAUCGUCUGACGCAGCUCUCUCCUAUGAUCAGCAGCAGUCGCAGAUCGACUACCUCGUCAAGACUAUCCGCCGUCAUCGCAAAAUUGUCGUCAUCGCCGGUGCCGGCAUUUCUACCUCUGCAGGAAUACCCGAUUUUCGCUCCACCGAUGGUCUUUUCAAAACUCUGCAGAAGAAGCACAACCUCAAAGCUUCAGGAAAGCUCCUCUUCGAUGCUGCGGUGUAUCAAGAUGAAACCUUGACCGCUUCUUUCCAGGACAUGGUACGGUCGCUGUCGGAGGAGGCCGCCAACACAUCUCCCACUGCAUUCCACCAUAUGUUGGCUCGUCUGGGACAGGAAAACCGCCUCACGCGCCUCUACACGCAGAACAUUGAUGGGAUUGAGACAUCUAUGCCCCCGCUGGCCACCCAGAUUCCUCUGAACGUCAAGGCGCCAUGGCCGCGCACCAUUCAAUUGCACGGCAGUCUCGAGAAAAUGGUGUGUCAAAAGUGUCGUCAUCUGAGCAAAUUCGACGGUAAUCUGUUCGAUCGGCCGGAUGCCCCCGAGUGUCCGGAAUGUGUGUUGACCAACCAAUUUCGCAUGGAAACGGGCCAGCGCAGUCACGGGAUCGGCAAAAUGCGACCGCGCCUCGUCCUCUACAACGAACACAACCCCGAUGAAGAAGCCAUCACCUCUGUCAUGAAUGCCGACAUCCGCUCCCGUCCUGAUGCUUUGAUUGUGGUUGGCACUAGUUUGAAGAUUCCCGGUGUUCGCCGUCUAGUGAAGAGCCUUUGCUCUGUGAUUCGGGGUCGUCGCAAUGGUGUGACUAUGUGGAUUAACAACGAACCGCCGAGCGGGAAAGAAUUCGAGGACUGCUGGGAUUUAAUGGUCAAGGGCGAUUGCGAAGAAGUGGCGCGACUCGCCGACCUCAAGCGCUGGGAUGCUCCGGACGAGGUAUUCGAUGAAUGCAAUGUGUCCGAAGCCGAGCGGGUGAAAAGUGAGCAAGGAGAGGUGGAGAUUGUCAUCCAAACGCCCCGGAAGAAGCAGCGCACGCCAACCGGGUUUCUCACGCCGUCUUCCAGCCACGAUGAGGACAUUUCGAAGAAUCUGUCCAAGACACUAUCCAAAUCGGCUCGUCCCAACCCUGCCAGCCAGGGGCGGAGUCUCAAGGAAGUCUUGCAGAGUUCGAAGACUGACGGACCGAAGAAGGCUGCGCCCAAGAAGAGCGCGCCCAAGAAGCGCCCAAGAAAGACGGAACCAGCCAAGAACUCGAAGAUUAACAACUUCGGCAAGGUCACCAAGGCGCAGAAGCUCACGGCGGACGGCGACAAGUCGAUCAAGCUGGAAAAGGAAGACAACAAGCCGAUGGUUCCCUUGCCUCCAGGCGCUGCGCGCAACAAUGGUCCGAUGUUUCCUCAUCUGGUGGGCAAGGGCGAAUCGACACCUCGGACUACCGGUCGGUGGCGCCAGCCGGAGACCAUCUCCCCCAAAUCCGUUCCCAACGGGAUGAGCGGCCUUCUCAACGAGCCGGCUGCGUAA